AUGCGUACACAGAAACAACUUAAGACGGUGCUGCAUACAGAAAAAGUGGAGUCACCUAAGUUAGAAACAUUUUUUAUGUCUGAACAAGCCACUUUCUCUUUAUCAACAAUUGGGUUGCUUGGCGAGUACUGUCCUUCAAGAAGAAAGGAUAGAUAUCCGUGUUUCCAACUUGGCUGCAUGCAUCUCGAGUUAAGCCAGGGACACAGAAAACUCUGUCAAGACUGCCAGUUUAUGUGGGCUGCUCCUGCUGCGUGGAAUAAUUACAAUCCUGAAGAAGAAACUUUUCUCCAAGCCCACAAAUUAUCACUGCCCUUCUGA